GGCCAGUUCCUCUCAGGCCGUUCUGGCCGCGCCGUCCCGGCGUCAUCCCACACAUUGUGCAUUAUAUUUUGACCAGUAAGGCUCGUUCUUGCGAAGACCUCUCCUCAUGCAUACUUCAUACUUAGCGCCCCAUCCGCAACUCCCGCCGCGGGCUGCGACAUGCGCCUGUCUCUCGCGCUGUCCGCGUGCCUCGCCUCGACGUGCUGCGCGGCCCCGCCGGCGGACCACGCGGCGGCCCUGCUGCAGUUGCAGCGAGGCGCUCCAGCGUCUCAGAGGCUGGGCAGCUGAUGCGCUUACACACCUGGCUCCUGGGCCGGCCAGGCGACGUGACGUAUGCGUCGAGCCCUCCCCAGAGGACCUGUCCGGCUUCGAUGUCGACGUGCCGGCGCUUCUCAUGGAGGACGAGGACAAGCCGGGCAAGAAGCGCCGCCCCAGCUCGGUGAGCCGCGCGAAGCUCGAGACCCUGACCUCGACCCUCGACGAGGCCAUCCCCGUGCUGGAGAGGGACUUCAAGGUGAAGACGCAGCAGCUCAAGGUGGCCCUGGCCGGAUUCAAGUCCAGGCAGAGGGACAUGGAUGUGGCGAAGAGGGAGGCGACCGCGGCCAUGAAGGCGCUCCGCCAGGAGGCGGAGAAGCGCCGCAGGGCCGCCGCCGACCGCAGGCUGACCAAGGAGAGGGAGCGCAGGGCAAAGGACGAAGCCGAGCGCACCGCGAAGGCGGCGAUGAUCAAGAAGGCGCAGGCUCUCAUGGGCGUGAAGGGCGGCUCGGAGGAGGGCAUCCUGGGCGACAUGUCGCUGGGCGUCAUGGUCGACGUGCUCAUGGCCCUGCCGGAGGCGGUGGAGAACCCGAUCUUCGUCAAGCGGCUGACCAAGUCAAAGGACCUCGUGGUGACCUCCGUCCAGGACUUCCUGAACAUCACGCGCCGCAAGACGGCGAAGUUUGUGCUGGCCGCCAGCAAGGCCUCGGACGUGGAACUUUCGUUCCUCCUGGCGCGCUACUUCCACGAGGCCUCCUUCCGCGUCAAGGCGAUGCAGUCGGACUCGCAGAAGAUCGCCAGGGAUCUCAACGUCGUGAUGCCCCCCAAGCUGCGGAAGAGCUUCUGGCCCAUCAUCAAGGGCCUGCGAGCGAACGCGGUCCCACUGCGCGUGAAUGCCACCAGUCUUGCGAGCGCGACCAUUACGAGCGCCUGCUUGGAGAUCUCCAGCCUGAUGGGGAACAUCAGCGACUAUAACAAUAAGUUGAAUUCCAUGCACGGGAGCCUGCACAGCGUCUGGCAGCUCUCCGAGCUGAUGUUGCCGAAGGUGGGCAAGAUCUACCCCGUGAAGCCCAUCGUUAUCGAUACCGUGAAGGACGUGAUGGCCAUGGCGACCAAUGAGGUCGCCGGCCUCGCGGAGGCCGCGGACGAGAUCGUCACCAACGUGGGCCCCAUCUCGGCGCAUGCAGUGCACCUGGAGCGCCGCGCCGCCGCGCGCGGCCGCGCUCGGCUGGGCGGCGCUCUUGGCGGCGCUCGCGGGGGGCCUGCUCGCCUGAGGCCCCCCCCCCCCCCCGCGGCGGCCCUGGGCGCCACGGCGCCCCUGGGCGCCACGGCGCCCCUUCUGUGCGGCCGCGCGGGCUCGCGCCCGGCUGCGGAAUGCGCAGUGGUCCCAAGGCCUUCGGUGGCCCCUACCCUUCCUGUCCAUUCUCCGUAUAAUCAUGAUUCUCCUCCUCCUGCUGUGAUUCUUAGCCAGGUAUCUGCGUCCACUCUGACACCUAGCCUGCCGUGAGCGAAUUGAUCUAUGUUCUUGCACCCUGUCCGUCGG